AUGGCAUCAGAACAGAAACUGGUUCGACUGUGGAAGACAGAGCGCAUUCGACAACUUAUCACGAGCCAUCUAGCAAACAAGGACCUCACUGCAUGCCGUCUAGUAUGCCGCAAGUUCGCUGUCUAUCUCGCACCAAUCCUUUUCGCAGACAUCGAAGUCCGUUUUCGUAGUAGCACCUUCAACAGGCCAUCGCGGAUGGCAGCUCUCAAGCGCAUUGGAGGACACGUCCAGGCCAUGACGUUUAAGAUCUCACACGAUAGGGAGACCUUCUUACCUCCAAUCCUGGAUCCAAUCAUGGGGACAGAACAAACCUUCAUCUACACACCACAACGGUGCCAACUUGGUGGCAGUAGGCCAAGGUAUGGCAGCCGGCAAAUGACAGAGCUGUUAGUCAAGCAGUAUCCGCCUUUGUUUCAUGCAUCUACCAACAUCCCCUCAUUUGUCCAGGCAUUGACGAUGAUGAGCGGCUUGCAACAUCUGCGAAUCUCCUGCGAGGGGCAAGUACCAAGCCAUCGCUACCGCCGAAGUGUAGUAGAUUAUGCAUUGAUCUCAUUGCGAAUGGCAAUCGAAGAAGCACCAUUGAAAGAUCUCCAUACUCUGUCAUUGUUAUCAGUCCACCCAGGAGCGGUCCUUUACUUGAAUCCAGCUCCGGGGUUUGGUGCGUCGCCUGCAUCUUGCAAGCGCUGGUCCCAGAUCCGCAAGCUCACAGUCCACAUGACGAGCUUCGGCCAUGAGCCAGGUCAACCGACAGACCACCUUAAACUCCUCCAUGCGUACCUAGGAAGCUUCCCAUCUCUGCAAAGACUGGUCUUUCGUUGGGAAGGCGAGAGGGGCCUCUCACCCCUGUCAUUUGCAACGGAGCCGAACCUCAACAGCGCAGGCAAAGGAAAGCCAAGCCAAGCCUGCCCUCAGACGUACACGUUACCUUUACGGCCAUUGAAGUUCCGACAUCUUCAACAGAUGGAGCUGGUCAAUGCAACAAUGGACGCGUCGCAAGUGGCAUCUUUCAUCCAGGAGCACCGGAGUUCCCUGCGAGAGUUCAACUUCAAAAACGUGGUGCUCCGCAGCGGCAAUUGGGACGACGCGCUCGCGCCAUUGACACGUAUCAGCGGCAGCGAGGGGUGGAAGCAGGGCCAGCGCGACACCGACACCGUUGACGUGCCGAUAGUAUUGAGUCCAGCGGGAGUCAGCCAGAAGCAGUUGCAGAAGGCGAUUUGUGCUUUGCAGCAACAAAAAGGACUGGGGACGCUAAGAAGCUUGGCCAAAGCGCGAUCCCGGACACGCGAGCUGCUGUUGGGGAACCCGGAUCAUAUGAAGCGACUGCUUCGAUCUUCGGUGUUUAGUUGGCGGUGA